AUAUGUUUUUAUUGAAAUAAUCUAUACAAAAAUAUCCAAAAUAUACUCAGAGUGCGUUAUAACAACAAAUAAAAAAUGGAAACCUCGACCAUCCAUUCUUUUUCUACUCAUGCACCAUUUAAACAACCUGUUGUCAUCACUCAUUACAUUUCAAUGGUUAUUGCGUUUCUCGGGUGCUACCCUUUAUUAUUAACACGAAAGAUUCAAAAACAAAAAGUGUAUAUUGCUAGUGCAGCUUUAUUCUUUGGUUUGACUGGAUUUAUUUCGGGUUACUUUAUACAUCAAAACGAACGAAGCACGGCUUCCACUAUUUUAAACGUGAUCAGUCUGUUACUAUUUCUUUUAGUGGUUUCCCAAUCGAUACUUGCGAUCUACAGACGAUUAUCAACACGACAAGUGAAAAAGAUACCAAAGUGGAUCGAUUUGACCCUUGGCUGGAUUAGUUUGACUGUGGCAUUUAGCUAUUUGACUUUGGCAGCCCUUGUAUUCACUGAAAGCUGUAACAAUGAGCAGCAGCAAUCCCAGUGUUUGAUGCCAGUUGCCAUGGGAACAGGAUUCAUCAUGUAUGGAACACUAGCAUUAUUACAUUUACUGGCCAUAAUUAAAUUACCACGCCCUGCAACUCCAGAAUAUUAUGAGGGUGUGAUUAUCACAUUCUGGGGAUUUAUUAGUUUACUUGUAGCUGGUACACCUAUUUUAGGAUCGGAAUGGCGGGCAAUAAAUUUAGGUUUAUUAUGGUUUACAGGUGGUCUUUUUUCAAUUAGUUUGAGCGUACAAACUUGGAUUCCGGCACUCAGAGAACGAAAUAUUAUUAACGCCCUGAUUAUUUGCUUGACAGGUCGAGCUAUUGUGGCAGGUUUAACUCAAGUUGGAGAUACUUAUGCAGCACAAGUACAUACCAUGCUUGGCUAUAUAUUGAUCAUCGGAGCUAUUGCACGUUUAACUCAGAUUGUUUUCCGUAAAUCACCAGCUGAUAAUUUACCACAUCGAAUGUUUCAGCAAAUUGAUCAGGAUAUCGAAGAGGAAGAGGAAGAGCAAGGGACAAAGUGUAAACACACCUUUAUAUUUGCAACUAUCACUCUUGUGACUGGAUUGUUGGCAUCAUUAUUGUCUAUUUGUGGUGGUAUUUUAUUCAUGGGAUCAAAUGUGGGAUGGAUUCGCUACAUGAAGUUUUAUAUAACAGAUGCUACCACGUAUGUCAAUAUCACGCUGGCUGUUGCAUUCCUGUGGUCUGCAUAUGUGUUUGGACUCUGCACAAUUUAUAAGAAUCUGAAGGCGAGUAAUGCUCUAAAUCAAUACGAAUAUUUAGAACUGAACACAUCAACUGAUUUGCCAUUUCAUUUCGAACAACAAUCACGACAUUGGCCAAUAAGCGCUUUACCGUCUUCACCUCCACCACCGAUAGAAUCUGACUUUGGUAUGUCGUUGUCACCAACAAAUAUGUCACCUAUUAUGUCACCAUUAUCUCCACAUAAUUAUCAUCAUCAUCAGUCGCACGAAACUUCAACAGAAAAGACAAUAAGACCUUCGGAAUAUCGAGCUAAACGUAGAUCACUUUUAGUCCAAUCACCGAAAGCAACGAGUAAUAAUAGAGGCAGUAUUGUAGUAGGUGGAAUAUUACCUGAUGAGCUACAACAUACGGCUACACCGGUGGAUUCGUCGUUUAGACGUUCAUGGUUGUCGUCAGGAUCUAAUUCGUCUGUGGGCUACUAUUCGGGUAGUAUAGACUCUGCACCCAAUUCACCGCCAUUUGAACAAAGACCCUAUUCAUCCAUGUCAUCUACUUUACCCCAAGGAGAGAGCAGUAACAAACAACAAGAACAUUCAAGAAGAAACAGUGCAAAUGAAUCAUCAUUUGAUGAAGAGGUUAAAAGAAGAAGUGAUAAUGCCAAUACUCAUACUCACGAUAUGGUUAUUGGUAACAGUAGCGCAAACAAAAUCCAACGUUGGUCUCAUAAUGAAUUGACAACAACUAAAAACAAUCUGUAAAUUUGUACAUCUCCCCCCACACACCCCCACCAUAACACCCCACCCCACCCCACUUAUACCAAAUAAAAUCAACCAAUCAUAAUCCCCCUUUAAGGAUUAUUAAGCAAU